AUGACUGCACCCUCACGGCUAGACCUCCUGGCCGAGGUGCCCGACGAUGUGAUCCUCGUCAUCUUUGCGCACAUGGAGACGGCGAGGGACAUGGUCAACCUCGCCGGGAGCUGCAAGAGGCUGACGCAGCUGCUCAGGGAGAGGGGUUGGCGGAUAUUCGCCCGCACGCGGUUCCCCUCGCUCCAGAUCCCGCGGGAGCAGACGCUCAAGAACCCCGAGCUGUCGUGGGCCAUGCUGGCCGAGUCGCUGACCUACCAGAGCCGCUGCUGGGACAGGAGGUCGCUCAACUUCACCGCCACCGUGUCGCUGCCGCCCGCCGGCGCCACCUUUCACCACCGCCAGGCCCAGCGCUGGCCCGCCAGGUGCGACGCCCACUACGACGUCGACAGCCGCUCCGAGCUGCUCGUCUGGAGCGAGGGCGAGGGGUUCUGUGCGCGCGAGCGCCGCAUCGUCGACGACGGAUGGGGCGAGGACCGCGCGUUUGCUCGCUUCCAGGGUCGUGACCACGGGCUAGUGCCGGGGAGGGACGAUAUUGUCGACCUUGCCGUCGUCGAUGGUCGCCUGCAUGACCUGCGCGGCAAGGGGCACGCCGUGCUUGCGGCGAGAGCUAGCGGAUGGCUCGAUCUGAGGUCCGCUGACCAGGACGAUCUGGGCGCGCUGCUGGCCACCUUCAAGCCGAGGCAGGCCAGGGGCUGGCGUGAGUCGGACUCGGCGGCCGGGAGGGUGCUCGGCCAGUCGUCGUUGCUUGCCAUGGACGUGUCGGGCCCCGGGAGAAUCGCCGCCAACGACAGAGAGAGCGUGUUCAUAUACGACCUGCCGCAGGGAGACAGGUGGCUCGCCGAAAACCCGCCCGAGGUUCCCCCUUCAUUGACCAUCCACAAGGACUCGGUCCACGACAAGAGCGAGCUGACGCACCUCGGAGGCGUCAAGUGGAUCGGCGACCAGGGCCAAACCCUCGCUCUGGGCAUCAAUGGACAGUUCCAGUCCGGGCUGCAGUACGUCCAGCUCAGCUCGUCGGGGAAAGCCUACCAAAUCCACCGCGCCAUCGACAACGCCGCCAUGUCAAACACGGGUCGUAGCUCGCAGCAGAUCAACGCCGCAUCGAUCCUGCCGCUCGACGUAUCGUCCAUUUCCAACCACACGCGGCCGCUGGUGCUCGCGGCCUGGCAGGACGGCACCUGCCGGCUCCAGGACCUGCGCACGCCCACGCCCUUCGACGCCGUCUACGAGGACAAUGUCUACCCCGAGUCCAACAUCCAGCACCUCUUGACUUGGGGCACGGAGCGUUUCGUCGCGGGCGGGCCAAGCGACGAACUCCUACGCAUAUUCGACUUUCGGUGGACCAGGGGCUACUACCACACGCAGUCGCUGCCGUGCCGGAGUGUGCUGCCGUACCCGGACCCGCCGCAGCCGUUUGCGAGCGAGGGCAGCCGCAGAGCGCGCAAGGCCGAGGAGCGCCGAGCCUGCUGCGACCAUCUGGCCGGAUUCGAGUGCACGUGGCACCGCCUUUCGCGCGACAUCUACUACCGGCCCAACUGCAACAUCUACUUUACGCGCAAGGAGCACAGGUCCGGGCGAGGCUUCGUGCGGUCCCGCCACCCGAGCAUGGAGGGCGUGCGCUCCCUGGCCAAGGGGUCGGAUCUGUGUCCAAACUUCUACGUAGGCGUGGUAGGCGGCUUCCUCGAGGCGAGGCUGGGGCUUCAGGGCACGUCGGGUGAUGCUGUCGACCCGAAUCUGUCGUAUCAGUACCUCGGCCUGCCGGGCGAUGAGGUCGGCGGCGAGGCGGCCGGGCUUGCCCAGGAUGGCGGCAACGGCACGGGGUAUGAGACGGUCGAGCUGACGUCCAGCCUGAUGGAGACGGGUGACGGGCUAUCGGUCCCGCACAACGACCGGAGCAUUCCCUUGCCGCCACUCCGUCCCAACCCCAUGAUGAGGGAUCACCUGAAAAAGGGACCCAAGGUUCCAGAGGAGAUGGUCGACUGUCACCGUCUAGAUCCUCGGUACCAGCACAGCAAUGACUUUGGCGACUUCCUCGCCUGGAAGGGAUCCUACGGUCAGCCUGUCAGGUAA